UCCAACAGCGGUGCGUCUAGGUAACGAUCACCACGGAUGCCAAGGAAACAACAUGUACACAGACCUUGAACAUUUCGUGGUAUGUGUGUAUCAUAACACAUUAAAACGAUAUCUAAUCGAUAUUUUCUGACGCAUUGCAUCUUUAAAGCUCAAGAUCUGGGACAAUGCCGUCUGAGGGAAAAUCAGACUUGGAAAGAGUGGGUAUCUUCCAGGAGAUGGGAUACAUUUCCGUCGGAGAUAAAUAUACUCCUUUUGUUUACCGUCCAUUUAACGAGUCGGCGCACAAGAAUAAACAGAUGCAGACGUCAGGGCCCAAGAGAAAGUCCGGGCUACAGGCUGGGUAUUUCGAUACUCAGUUCAAAAGGAUCUUUGAGCGAGAGGCCCUCAGUGACCCUGUGAAACUAAACAGGCUAUACAGGAUCCAGCAGUCUAAAAGGAACAUAGGAAAGGCCUUCCUCCCAACCAAUGGAGAGAAGAGACCCUCAGGUGUGGGCAGUUACUAUGGCACCAUCAGCGGUCCUGUGGAGGCCAUGAGUGCCCAGCAGGUUCCCAGGAAAGCCUACAAGUCGCCGGGGAAGAACCUGUACACCAACCCGUCCAAGAAAGGAAGUGGUUAUGGAUAUCACAAUAUCACCUUGUCCAAACUUGAGCUGUACUCCCCAGACCCCUAUGACAGGGCCAAGGAACUGCUUAAGAGGGAAAUGACUAACCACAAGACGAUGUUGAAAGGAGGACAGUUUCGCUUGAACCUCCACCCAAAGGACUAUUUUGACCACAAUCCCUUCAAACUGGACAAAUCACUCCCACCUGCCAAGAGGACAGACGAGAGAAAGCAUCAUUUUGCUCUCCCCUUCAAACCGUCUUCUCCCAGCAAAACGAUUGGAGGUAUGAAAGCUGGGACGUUUGACACGUACCCCAGUCACUCUGCGGACCCGUACGUGACCCGGAAGGCAAAGACACUGGCCACAAACAAGGAGGGCAAGACCUUUCGGCCGUCCCCAGGGCCCAAAAGCACUCCAGUUAAAAGCAUCAUCACGGUCAACGUCAACAAGAUGGUGAAUGCCACAAACUACAACACCAGCACAAUCCCAUCUGUAAUGGCGUAUUGAUGACCUAACAGCACCCUGGGAGAGAUAGAGUAGCUGAUUUAUUGAGUCUGACAGGUGAGCUGUUGCAAAAGAGCUAGUGUUGCCAUUGCACCCUCAACAAUUCUGGCAAAGUUGUCUCUGAAGGUUAUCCAUUUAUAUUUCAAUUGUUGUUAAAAUAGA